CCUGCAGCCAUCAUGAGACUCUGGGCCACCUGCCCUUCCUUCUUCACCAUCUCCUUCUUCUUCAUCAUCCUCGUGGUGUCCACCAUCUUCCACUGCUGCCAGCGCCUGGCUCUGGUGCCCACACCCUGGGCCUCCCCCGGCCGCGUGGUCCUGGUCCCCGGGCCCCUGGCCCAGGGGGGCAUGUUCACCAUCAACUCCAAAGGCCGCCUGGGGAACCAGAUGGGCGAGUACGCCACGCUGUACGCCCUGGCCAAGGCGAACGGCCGCCAGGCCUUCAUCCCCGCGCAGAUGCACAGCACGCUCGCGCCCAUCUUCAGAAUCACCCUCCCGGUCCUGCACGACGCCACGGCCAGCAGGGUCCCCUGGCGGAACUACCACCUGAACGACUGGAUGGAGGAGCGCCACCGCCACAUCCCCUGGGAGUUCGUGCGCCUCACCGGCUACCCCUGCUCCUGGACCUUCUACCACCACCUGCGCCCCGAGAUCCUCCGGGAGUUCACCCUGCACGACCACGUGCGCGAGGAGGCCCAGAGGCACCUGCGGGGCCUGCAGGUGAGAGGGGGCCGGCCGAGCACCUUCGUGGGGGUCCACGUGCGCCGGGGGGACUACGUGCACGUCAUGCCGCGGGUGUGGAAGGGCGUGGUGGCCGACCGGACGUACCUAGAGCAGGCGCUGGACUGGUUCCGGGCCCGCUACAGCGCCCCCCUCUUCGUGGUCACCAGCGACGGCAUGGCCUGGUGCCGGGAGAACAUCGACAGCUCCCUCGGGGACGUGGCAUUCGCAGGCAGCGGUCGCCAGGGCUCCCCAGCCAAGGACUUCGCGCUGCUCACGCAGUGCAACCACACCAUCAUGACCGUCGGCACCUUCGGGGUCUGGGCCGCCUACUUGGCCGGAGGGGACGCCGUCUACCUGGCCAACUUCACCCUGCCCGGGUCCCCCUUCCGUGCCAUCUUCAAGCCCCAAGCGGCUUUCCUGCCCCAGUGGGUGGGCAUCGCCGCCGACCUGGGGCAGGUGGGAAAAAGCCGUCCCUAG